CGCGGGGCGCAGGGACGGCGCGGGCCGGGCGGGGGCGGCGAGAACGGAGGGUCGAGGCCGGGGUGUAGGGGCCGCUCGGCCCGGGGGAGCCUGCGCCCCGCUCAUCCUUGCAGCCCCGCGCCCCGAGCAUCUCCCGGAGGAGCGGAGACAAAGGAGGAUUCAUGUCCAAAGGGCUCCCCGAGACCAGGAGGGACGCAGCCAUGUCAGAGCUGGUGCCCGAGCCCAGGCCUAAGCCAGCAGUGCCCAUGAAGCCCGUCAGCAUCAACUCCAACCUGCUGGGCUACAUUGGCAUUGACACCAUCAUUGAGCAGAUGCGCAAGAAGACCAUGAAGACCGGUUUUGACUUCAACAUCAUGGUUGUGGGCCAGAGUGGAUUGGGCAAGUCAACGUUGGUCAACACCCUCUUCAAAUCCCAAGUGAGCCGCAAAGCUUCCAGCUGGAACCGGGAGGAAAAGAUCCCCAAGACGGUGGAGAUCAAAGCUAUUGGGCAUGUGAUUGAGGAAGGUGGUGUCAAAAUGAAGCUGACCGUCAUUGACACCCCGGGCUUUGGAGACCAGAUCAACAAUGAAAACUGCUGGGAGCCCAUCGAGAAGUACAUCAAUGAGCAGUACGAGAAGUUCUUAAAGGAGGAGGUGAACAUUGCCAGGAAGAAGCGAAUCCCAGACACUCGCGUCCACUGCUGCCUUUACUUCAUCUCCCCCACUGGACACUCCUUGCGACCCCUGGACCUUGAGUUCAUGAAACACCUCAGCAAAGUGGUGAACAUCAUCCCUGUCAUUGCCAAGGCCGACACCAUGACCCUGGAGGAGAAGUCUGAAUUCAAGCAGAGGGUUCGAAAGGAGCUUGAAGUAAAUGGCAUUGAAUUCUACCCCCAGAAGGAGUUUGAUGAGGACCUGGAGGACAAGACUGAGAACGAUAAAAUCAGGCAGGAGAGCAUGCCUUUUGCUGUAGUGGGAAGUGACAAGGAAUACCAAGUGAAUGGCAAGAGGGUCCUCGGCAGAAAAACCCCCUGGGGAAUCAUCGAAGUGGAAAACCUCAACCACUGUGAGUUUGCCCUACUUCGAGAUUUUGUUAUCAGGACCCACCUCCAGGACCUCAAGGAAGUGACACACAACAUCCACUAUGAGACUUACAGGGCUAAGCGGCUCAAUGACAAUGGAGGCCUCCCUCCGGUGCUAGGAAAGAAGAUUUAAAACCCAAGAUUGAAGGGACCAGGAGAAAGAGGAGGGGUGAUCAGGUCACCAGUGUCGCCAAUCUCGCAGCCUCAGUCUUUCCUGAAGGCUGAUUCACCCAUCGGGCCCUUAUCCUCCCCUGCCACAAACUUCCUCCAGGGUGGGGACCUGUUGGGCCAGAACGGCAGCAGUGUUACAGCACAGAGCUUGCUACAUCUCAGCUGGACUGGGUACCCGGUACCCAGCAAGGGAAGACCGAGGGGUGGGGGUGGUGGGCAUUGGAGAGGCUGAACGGGGGAAGGAUGUUUGGUACCCCGAGACCAUAGUCUCAGCCUCCCUGGAGAAGCUGUGUUUAUGUGACUGCUGCCAGCUGCUGGUCUACACACCCUCACCCAUUCUCAACCCCUGCAGGGAGAAGGCCUCCUGGGCAGUGUCCUUCCACCUGUGCCAGCCACCCCCUGCCCCUCUGCUGAAUGAAGGCCAUUUCAAGCUGCUUCUCCCACCGUUCCUCUCAGCUGUUAUUGCUGCAGGCCCAAGCCCCUCUUAGCGCUGUACUUGUCACCAGCCCACCCUCUGUAGGUGGGAGGGGCCAGCUGCCUCUUAGGACAGUUGCUGUCUCCUUUUAGCCAGGCCGAUCCUCCCCUCCCUGCAGAACAGAGUUCUCGCCUGCCAGCACUGCCCUGCUCCACUGUCUGUGUCAGCCAGUCCCAGUCCAUCUGUAGGGAGGAAGAACUCGCCAAGAGCUGCUUCUGCCCUUGCCAGCCCAUACCAGCUACUUGUAACCAUCUUCAAGGGAAAUGACAUUGCUCCCUACCCAUUCAUCCACAUGAGCUACUCCUGGCUUCCUUAAAGGGUCAAAAAAAGCAACUUUUCUGCUUGUCAGAGUCAUUGAGGUCAGCUGUGUGAGCCUUAUUGUGGGACAGGGGUUGCUUAAAGAUAUUUAAGAAGGUGGGUCACUUCAGAUGUAGGGGAACAAGGGCUAGGGUCACUUUUUAAAAUAUUGGGCUGGGGAUUUAGCUCAGUGGCAAUGCGCCUGCCUCAUAAGCCUAAGGUCCUGAGUUCAAUCCCUGGUACCAAAAAAAAAAAAAGGCCAGCUAAAAUAUCACCCCAGGUAGCUGGUACAUACCUACCCAUCCCAUAAUGCAGCCACUUAGCAAGAGUGGUUUUCCCAAGGUGAGAUUACUGGAGUUGACUUUCUCCUCAUCCCCCAAAUAAAAAAAUGAACUAAGCAUACACACAAAAUCCCAGAAACUCACAUGCUAUACACUGUAGGAAGAAAAACAGCACCCUCCUGUUCACUUAGCAAUAAGAGGGAUCUUUUCCCACCUACCCCCACUACCCCAGUCUCCUGUCCCUCACCCUGUUAAUGUGAGUAAUGAAUUAGCCUGGCCUAGGCUAAUGGAAAAUACCCAGCGGAGGGGAAGCCCCCAUCAGAUGCAUGAAUGUUGGCGAAUGUUGGCUGUCACUGCCCCACAUACUGUGUCUUUAUAGAACCCACCUUUCCUCACCCUACCCGCAUCUCCACCUGGACACAACUUGCUCAAAGGCUGGUGACUUGUGGGCCAUUCAUCUAUAACCAAGACCUGAUGGAACAAGAGGCCCAAGCCUAGGGGAUGCCAGAACGACCCAUUUCUCAAAUGUUACCAGUCCCAGCCAACCUUUUGGUGACAUUCUGGUUAAAUUUCCUGAUUGAAAACAAGCCAACAGACACUCAAACUGGUUGUGUAAAUGUUGCUAGACUUUAUGUGUUGUAUAACUAAACAUUGCUGUUUGAACAAUAA